AUGCGUAUCACAAAAUCUAUAUUCCUCGCAGCAUUCUUCCUUGCAGUCGUGCAAUCCCAACAGGCCGAACAACAUGCUAACCAAGCUGCCUUUGAAGCACACCAACAACCCACCACCACUCAUCAGGAUCAACGAUCUAAAUCCAAUGCGGAACCCAAGCAACAGCAGCAACAACAGGACCAGCGACAGCCGCUGGGAGCGCCACCACAGGAACUGACACCCGAAGAGUUCGAGAUGGCCAAGGAUGGGAUCCGUCAGAUCCUAGGUCAACUCCCCAUCCAACAUGUCGAGCCUUUGGUCAAUACCAUGGAAGGGUACUGCUCGACCUUUGGCGCACUUUGUACUGCUGCUUGUAAGGAACGGAUGACUGAUGAUGAUGAUGAGGAGGAGGUUCAGGGCUCGACAAGGAUGAAGGGGUUGAGUCUGGGGUGUGCUGAUCACCAGGCCCUGACGAUCGGUACUGCGGGCGCUUCAUGUCAGUGUGCGUCCUAUGACAUGACGGACCGUAUCAACUUUGCCAUUGUGGGAGGAAUCGUUACAUCUCACCGCAAGGAAUCGGGCGGCUUUGGAGCAGAAGGAAUCCUGGACGCCAUCCAAUUCCUCCCAGCAGUGCCCACGUUCCUGAGCAUUAUCCACGUCCUCCAAUCCAUCUGCUACUACGUCUCCUUCCUUGACGUCCUCGCCACCAAUGCUAACCCAUCUUCUUGUCCUGCGAAUGGGAAAGCGGGUGGUAUCCUGGGCACGAUUACGAAUUUGGUUCCGGGGCUAGGUGGCAUUCUUUCGAAUGUCCCUGCGCUUGGUGGGUUGUUGGGUGGGCUGUUGGGGACUGGUGGUGGGAGUGGGCCGGCGCCGACUCCGACGCCCACGCCCACACCGUCACCAACAUCUGGAGGUGGGUUUGGUGAUUUCUUUAGAGGGAUCUUUGGAGGUGGUGGAUCCACAUCGUCGACAACAACUCCAGCACCAACAACCACUACACCCAUAUCAACAACAACAACAACCACAACCAUAACCACAACCACAACUGCAGCCGGUGGCAUUUGGGGCUUCUUUGGCAAUAUUUUCGGUGGCGGGGCCACGACCGCAACAACCACUGCAACCAAAACAACAAUCGCACCAACCACAACAGCCACGGCUCAAGUAAAAGCACCACCCGGUGCUACCACAACACCCCCAGUGGCAGCCAUGGACACUGGAGGAGGCGCAAAAGGACAAACUGGACUACCAUUCGCCACCGCUACCGCUACAACCAUAAUAUCAACCACUGCGUCGUCGUCGUCCCCAUCACCAGCACCAACACCUAAGAAGGACGGCACGUUGUUUGGAUGGUUCCCCACGUUUGGACUGCUCUCCGAGGUGAACGAGAAUGAUAGCCUGAUCGAUACCGAUGACAAUGUCGAUGCUUUGGGAGGAAAUGAUCGUGUAAGCAUGGAUGUGGAUGACGAUGCACAGAAUGAGAGGCAAUUGAUUAGUAACGAUGGUCGUUUAGCAAGGAUUGUCCGGGUUCAGAGGCGGUAUGCUGAGAAGAAGAGUCGUGAGCAACAGCAACAGCAGCAGGAGCAACAAGGUCGCCGUGAUGAUCUAUGA